CCGAGCCCAUAACAUACCGUGAUCUCAGGUUUCUGUCAAAAUCGGGCUUUAUACAUUAUGCAUAAAAACAACUUAAAUGUAAAGAACUGUUAAGUUUCGUGCAUUUUUGGUGAUUUGUGUAAAACAUCAGGUAUGAAAUAUGUUUGUAAAACGAGUGUCGUAUUGUGUGUUCUCGGUUUACUCAUUAUCACAAUUCAUUUCAAAUACAAUUACAUUUAUGACGGACGACUUGGACAAUCCAUGUUAACUCAAAGAAGCAAUAUAGAUAAUGACAAUGAAGUGCGCGCAUGUCGGUAUGUCUUUCUGGAUUUGGGUUCAAACAAAGGUGUGCAAAUUCGGAAGUUAUUUGAACCUAAUCUUUAUCCAAACGCUUCUAUUAUCCCCGUAUUCGACCGAGUUUUUGGAAAUAUCUCCGAAAGGCAAAGAUAUGCAUGUGCAUUUGGCUUUGAAGCGAACCCGAGACACAUGAAGAGGCUAAAAUUUAUUGAAGAGUCGUACAAAAACAAAGACUUCCGAGUGGAUUUUUACCACCUUGCUGUUUCAGAUAGGGACAAUGACACAGUGACAAUAUUUUCGGAAACAAAUUUUGAUCUGGAUUGGGGAGCUGGAAUUAUAGAUCAAGCCAUCAACAAUAAGGCAAACAUGACAAAGUAUAAGGUACACACAGUGGAUAUAGUGAGAUUCAUCGUAGAAAUAAUAAAUCCUUUGAAAUCAAAGGCAGUUUUUAUGAAGAUGGACAUUGAAGGCUCAGAGUAUUUGGUAUUGCCUCAUAUGAUAAAGAAUAAUAUUUUGUGCAAAGAUAUCAUCACUUCAGCAGGUAUCGAACUCCACGAAUGGGCACGAAAACCACUCAAAACGUCACUGGACCUGAGCAAAUUCAAGCAAAACUUAAAACUACAAUCGUGCGUUCCUACAAGUGUUUUUCCGCUUGACGAUGAAUCAUAUAACUUGGACGUAGCAAUAAAUCCGGAUAGCUGAUCAAUAGCUGACGAUAUAUGAGAUAGGAACAAUGCCAUAUUAACAAUACUUUCGGAAACGAAUUUUAAUCUGGAUUACGGUGCUGGAAUUUUAGAUCAAGCCAUCAACAAUAAGGCCAAACUGACAAGAUAUAAGGUACACAUAGUGGAUAGAGUCAAAUUCCUUGUGGAAACAAUAAAUCCUUUGAAAUCAAAAGGAGUCUCUAUGAAGAUGGACAUCGAAGGCUCAGAAUAUUUGGUAUUGCCUCAUAUGAGAAAGAGUAAGAUUUUGUGCAUCAAUAGCUGACCUAUCUGUUUAAUAAACAGAUACAAUUUAGGGACAGACUCAGCAUUUGGCAUUAAAUAAUGGCAUUUGUAAUAAUGUGUAGCCGCACACAUGUGUUCUUUUUUCAUUGUUUUCAUGAAAUAUAUAAUAUUUAUACUUUUGACAGAGAUGAAAAAUAAAAUAUGAAUAAACUGAUAUAAAAGAGGUGUCAUAUGGGGUACAGUGUGGGGUAUGUGACUUUCCAUCAGAAAUCAAAAUAUAAUAUAUGCUUUGGUUAAGACAAAUUUCGUUUCGAUCAUUUACAAUUAAUUCAGUUCAAAACAAUUCGAGCAUGAUCAUAAUAAACAAAGUCCAAAUAUGUUGUGCAUUGAAAGAAAACAUGUGAAUAAUGCACAAAACAUAAGUGUCGACAUAAUUGAGAAGAAAGCUUUUAUUUUUAAUAAUGUUUUCCCUAUUUGUUACCAGUUUUAGUAUAAUGAUGCUUUUUAUUAUGAAACUCUAUGAUCACACAGUUUUAAACCUUUUAUUUUAUAAAGCAGACUGUGUGGGAUGUUUAUAGUUUCUAACAACGACUGCAUCGUAUCUUUGAAAAGUGUUUGCAUUAGGUGCUCUGAAUUGUAUCCCUCCGUCUGCAGAUAGAGUUGGGAUCUCUAAUCAUAGACGUACUUAGACGGGGUUUGCCUAUACGUUUAUUGGUAUUUGUUUUAUUGAUAAGUUUCCUAAAGGUAAGGAAUACUUUGAUAAGAUUUACCUUUUGCGUUUUAUCUAUAUUAACGAUUGUUGGGAUACGUUAAAUUGUUUUUGAAGCGCUGCAUCCCGCUGAAUUAGACAUUGCAUUUGUUCAAACUAUUUGUUAAGGUCAAUAUGGCAUUGAGUUUUCGUAAACAAAUGAGCAAAUUAAACACUUUGAAAUUGAGUUUUUUUCCAGAAUUAUGUUCCUUAUUCGGAUUUUGGAGCGUUUUCAAAGAACUUCAAGUUCUAAAAUCCGCUUGAACAUAUAAUGCAUUUCUGCAAACAUUUCAUGUGGACCACUGCUGCAUUGAAAUUUUAUCAAAAAUAGAUAAAACGUUAUAUUUUUACGUGAACAAGGUUUCUAUUCCUUAUCCGGAGUUUGUUACGUUUCACUUUAAGAGCGUUAGUCCUCUUAAAUAUGCAAUGCAUUUCAGCAAACUUUUUUGGAACCACUUCUGCUUAGCUAUUUGAUAAAAAAGUAUAAAUAAAGAAGAUGAAAAAUCACUGUUUUUGUUCCUUAUUCGAGUUUGAAUAAGAAAUAGGGAAUAAGGAACCAUGUUCUGAGUUGUUUGCGGAGUUUUGUGAUAUUUUUCCAUGUUUCUGGUUUGUGAUUGGUUAUGUGUUUUAUGUCUAUGGCGUUUCCCUGUGCUAUUAAACCGAGUUAAUGUUUCCCCCGAUUUAACGGAGUUUAUGUUUUCCCAAGUUUAUUCAUACUUUGAUCAAAUUUACCAUUAACGUUUUUACUUUGGGAUUGUUUGGAUGAGAGUGAAGUUAUGCACACAAACUGGUUUUAACCCCAGUAAAUUAACAUUUUACGGACCGUUCCAAGGCGGUACCUAACAAUCCUUGAUAAACAAACCUUGCAAACGGGGUUUAUGUUAACAUUUUUGACUAGGUAGCUAGUUUCUGUAGUUUUUCAUAUAAAUAUCAAUUGUAAAAUAAAACAAAAAGAUGCUGUUGUCUCAAAAAUAACAAGGUUUAUAGUUCAGAGAUUACUUAAAAACCAACAUCUGUGGUAAUGAUAUGAUACACAUGUUAAUCCACGUCCAAAACUGUUUCUUGCUUGGGAAUAUAUUAUAUGUUUAUAGUAUUUGUUCAUUCAACUAAGGAAACAUGUUUCUUGAAAUGCAUUUUUUUUCCUGCAAAUUUUGCUAAAUGUAUGUGAUUUACCU